ACAGGAUGAAUCUGAAGAGGUCGCGGAGUGUCGGAGCUUCCCCGCUCAAUGGAGUCGGAAAACAAGACGUGGAGAGUAGACGCAGAAAGAAGAUGUCUGAGAUCACGCAGGCUCUGAGCUGCCGGCCUGUGGACGUUGCGGCUCUGAGACGAAUGGCCAUCAGUGAAGGAGGUCUAAUGACCGACGAGAUCAGACGCCUGGUGUGGCCCAAACUGCUCAACGUCUCUGAGGAAAACAUACCAGAGGAACUGGAUCCUGUCGAUCGAGAAAACAACAAAGACUUUAACCAGGUUCUUCUUGAUGUUCAGCGGUCACUUAGACGCUUUCCUCCAGGGAUGCCGGAUGAGCAGCGUGAGGGUCUUCAGGAGGAGCUCACCGAUAUUAUUCUGCGUGUUUUGGUGAAAAACCCUCAGCUGCAUUACUAUCAGGGUUAUCAUGACAUCGUGGUCACUUUCCUGCUGGUGCUCGGAGAGAGACUCGCCACUGCCCUCGUGGAGAAACUCUCCACACACCACCUCAGGGACUUUAUGGACCCCACGAUGGACAACACUAAACACAUCCUGAACUAUCUGAUGCCCAUCAUCGAGAGGGUCAAUCCUGAGGUCUUCGACUUCAUGCAGCAGGCUGAAGUGGGCACCAUAUUCGCCCUCAGCUGGCUGAUCACCUGGUUCGGGCACGUCCUGUCAGAUUUCCGCCACGUGGUUCGGUUGUAUGAUUUCUUCCUGGCCUGCCAUCCGCUCAUGCCCAUCUACUUCGCUGCAGUGAUCGUGUUGCAUCGUGAGGAGGAGGUCUUGGACUGUGAGUGUGACAUGGCCAUGAUGCACCACCUCCUGUCCCGCAUCCCAGAGGACCUGCCGUAUGAAACGCUGAUCAGCCGCGCUGGAGAUCUGUUCGUGCAGUUUCCUCCAUCAGAGCUAGCCAGAGAGCGCAGUCAGCAAACGGCAGUCUCCACAUUUAAAGACUUUGAGCUGGCGUCGACGCAGCAGCGGCCGGACGUGGUGCUUCGCCAGAGACGGAAAGAGCAGCAGCAGCGAACACUGGAGGCUCAGCGCGGGACUGUGGCGGUGGUUCAGCCUACGGCACGCCGCUUCAUGAGGUUAGCGGUGAUGGGUUUGACGGUGGCACUGGGAGCCGCGGCGCUGGCCGUGGUGAAUUCAGCUCUGGAAUGGGCUCCGAAAUUAGACUUACUGUUUCCGUGAAGGAGCUGAAAUAACAGCACAAGCUCACAGUUGAAGGACUGAAUAUGUUUUUUUUUUUUUUUUAAGUAUUUAUACUUGUAAAGAAGUUAGACUAAUAAAUAAAAUAUAUUGUGCG